GAUCACGUGGUUUGCGAUUAAUUUGCCACUUACCAAAGGUGUAUUCCACAGUGGACAAAUUUGUGAAAAGAGCAACGCGCACUUGAGCUGCUCGAGCUUCGUACGAGUUUCACUACUCCGGGGCGCUCCUCGGACCCCAAGGACCACCCCGACUUCGUGCCGACUGCGUUCAACCACGCCAGCAGCAGCCCAGGGGAGGCCGCUGCAGCCGCUGAGCAGUCGAAUAAACGCCGUGUAAUGAGCCGUGAAGGCUCUGCCAGUGCUGCACUGCAGUGUGGCAAAAAGGACCUUGGAAAUGAAGUUGCCAGGACACAGCAGCUUGCAGUCCCUCUGUUUAGUGAAGGUGAUGGAGCCACACUUGUGGGGAACACCAGCUGCCCUUUGAAAGCCACCAAGGACAUCCUGUUCAAAUGCUGUUUCUGCACCUAUGAUACCACAGAUCAGUGUGGAAUCAUUACCCACCUGGUUUCUCAUGGUAGCGAACAAUUCAAGUGCCAACACUGUCACAUGUUGUUUGACUCUAGAUCAAAAUUGCAGUGCCACUUUCAAUUGCAUAUUCAGAGUAGCAGCCCGACUAUCCAAAAUCAAAUUCUCACAGGUGAGAAACCUUACAAGUGUGAGCAGUGCCCCAAAGCAUUUGCUCGGCUUGCACACCUUUCCGACCACGUUCGAAUACACACGGGCGACAAACCUUAUAAGUGCAAGCAAUGUGCCAAAGCUUUUGCUUGGAGUAGCAGUCUGACCAUUCACAAUCGAACACACACUGGCGAAAAACCUUACCAGUGUGAGCUGUGUCCCAAAGCAUUUGCUGGAAAAAUUAGUUUGAAUGACCACAUUCAGACACACACGGGCAAAAAGCUUUAUAAAUGCCAGAAAUGCCCCAAAGCCUUUGCUCGGCUUGCACACCUUACUGACCACAUUCGAACACAUACAGGCAAUAAACCUUAUAAGUGCAAGCAAUGCCCCAAAGCCUUUGCUUGGAAUAACAGUCUGACUAUUCACAAUCGAACCCACACUGGGGAAAAACCUUACAAGUGUGAUCUGUGUACCAAAUCAUUUGCUGGUAAAGCAACUCUGACUGACCACAUUCAAACACACUUAGGCAAAAAACAUUAUAAAUGUGAGCAGUGUCCCAAAGCCUUUGCUCGGCUUGCACACCUUACUGAUCACAGUCGAAGGCACACAGGCAAGAAACCUUAUAAGUGUAAGAAAUGCCCUAAAGUCUUUGCUUGGAAUAGCAGUCUGAUCAUCCACAAUCGAAUGCACAUAGGUGAAUAUCCUUACAAGUGUAAGAUGUGCCCUAAAGAAUUUUCUCGACUUGCACAGCUCACUGGGCAUGUCCGAACACACACAGGUGAAAAACCUUAUAAGUGCAAGCAAUGUUCGAAGGCAUUUGCUCAUAAUAGCAGUCUCAUCGUCCACACUCUAAUGCACUCGAAUGAAAAACAUUACUGGUGUAAGAUUUGCCCCAAAGAAUUUGCCCGGAUGUGUCACUUUAUUGAGCACAAUCGAAUACACACAGGUGAAAAGCCUUAUAAGUGCAAGCACUGUUUGAAGGCAUUUGCUUAUAAUAGCAGUUUGACCAUCCACAAUCGAAUGCAUGCAGGUGAAAAACCUUUCAAAUGCAAUCAAUGCCCCAAAGCCUUUACUCGGAACAGCAGUCUAACCAGCCACAAUCGAACACACACGGGUGAAAAACCUCACAGGUGUAAGCUGUGCUCCAAAACAUUCGCUCGGCUUUCACACCUUACUGAGCAUGUGCGAACUCACACAGGAGAAAAACCUUUUAAGUGCGAGAUAUGUCACAAAGCCUUUGCUCAGAGUAGCACUCUGACAAGCCACAGUCGAACGCACACGGGUGAAAAAGCUUACAAGUGCAAACGAUGCCCCAAAGCAUUUGCUCAGAAAAUGAGUUUGAUCCUCCACAGUCGAAUGCACAUGGAUGAGGUACUUUCCAGGUGUAAUGCAGGUUUUCCUCCUAUAUAGGAAGCUAUGUCUCAAGCUAGCAGUGGUCUAUGGUAGGUCAGUCUUCAAGGUUAACAUUGUUUAAAAAUGUUUUUUUGCAGUUCACAGCAGCUAAAACUUAUUGUUCUGCAUCCAAGAAUGAACUAAGCCAUGCUACUUUUGCUCAUAUUGCAAGGUUCAUUGCACUGUACUAGGCUUUUUUAGCGUGGUCGACUGAAUUUGUAAUCAUGUUUUAUUGUGGCUGUUUGCUUUUAUUUGGUUUUCUUUUUUUGCAUGAAUGAAACAAGCUCUUUGAAAUAAAUGUAUCACAAGACCAGUAGUUUUGUUGUUUGUUGCUUGUAAAAGGGGCGGUUUGAACUGCCACCAUGCUUUUUUCAGCUAUACAGAUCUUGCUUAUCUCAGGUAAUGCGAUGACACUGACAAUUUUGGCAUAGUUCUUUCGGUUUCAAUUAAAUUUGUACUAGGCUGAUAGUUUAUUAUUUUAGUAACAUAGGUUAUCUCCCCAA